UCAAACCAACCCAUAUUGUUUAGACGACAUAUGUAAUCAUAAAAAAGUAUCAUUAAUCAAAAUUCAAUCCAUGCCCCUGCGUAACGACGAAAAUUGACCGAGGUUCCAGUCCGCGUUUUGCGAGCGAGCGGUUGUGCCAUGAAAACGGUACGGGCCCAUCGCGCCUCUUGCUCGGUAUGUGUUUACGCUGGCGCUCGCUGAUUGUUUUGAAAGAAUGCUCGUGUGAAUGACGCCUAACUUUCAAAAUCAGGACACUGUCGCUCCAACACAUGAAGGAAUACAAAUGAUACCAUUGCUCGACAGCGAAUGAAUUCAUCAGUCCAGGGAUAGAUAAAGAGGCAUGGAUCAGCAAGUGGCCGGUAGUGGAGGGUUUGCAGCCCAAGAGACGAGCAUUGCGAACGCUGAUGCGGAGGCACGACCCUUGACCGAGAAGAAAACUGAUCUGGCCCCUACGACGUCUUCCUCAGCGGAGAUUGGGCAGGGUUUCCACGAGGUUGAGCAGCAGAGAGCCCCGGUGCAGCCCACGGUGUCUCGCUGGUCGAGCAGGCGGAGCGGAAGCAGGAGUGCCAAGGCGCAGGAACGAGAGGAACUCAAGAAACAGAAGAAGAUGAGGAUAGAAAAGUUUGAUGAUUUUGUGGAGUGGGUGGACGGAGACGCGUCGCUGCGGUAUCACCCAAAGGACUCGGACGCUCGUAAGCACCUCAGCGGAUGGGCCAUGAGAAACACCAACAACCACAACAAGAAGGUGCUCAAGAAAUCAUGCCUCGGCGUGUACGUGUGCAACAGGUCCUGCCGGAGCCCCAACGGCGAUGUCAUCACCAUCCGGCCGGCCACCUCCGACCGCGCGCGCCGCAAGCAGGCGGACAAGAAAUGCCCCCGGCCUGGCUGCGAGGGCAAGCUGUACCACGUAGCCUGCGCCGGCAAGAACGGCUACCCGGUCACCCACUUCUGGCGCGUGACAGAUUCUGUCAUUAUUUUCCAGUCCAAAGGGCGCCACGAUCAUCCCCGCCCAGACGUCGUCAAGACGCCCUCUGUCGCCAAGAUGGCGCUAUUCGAGUACCACAGGACACACAAGCACGAACGGCCGAAGGACAUCUGUAAACGGAUGGGAGUUCACAUCCACAAGUCCUUCAGCCGGGUGGACCGCGUUGCCAGGCAACUGAGGGAAGUCCAGACCGUCCUGUCCAAAAGCGACAAAGGAACAGACGAGAAGGAGGACAAGGAACAGCCCAGUCACCAUGGUUACUCCCUGCGCAGCCCACUGACCAGGAUGUGGGCCUCACAUCACCAGAAGAUGGUCACCAGCGAAGAGCAUCAGCAGGCCAGGCCAGGUUUGACUAUACCGGCGGGCGGGAUGCGGCAUCACUCUGUGGGCUCGAGCUACCCGGAUCAGCCUCAGUACGAGCCGUGGACUGGAAGCUACCUUCCGCAGCAACAGGGGCUGCAAGGAGACUACCAACCUGCCUACCUGACCGGCUACACGGCCCAACUACCCACCGAGUACUACCACCACCAUCACCACGGAAGCAUGUACGCGGGCUACCCACUGCCCACCGCCGGGAGUGGCAUGUACGACCCGUCGGUGGAUCUGGAGGGCUACAGCGCCACUGUCCCACUCAAGGCAGACCCCGUACAGGACGGGGGUCGAAUGACAGAGCUGACGGUCAUGAAGGACUCACCCAAGCUCACCCCGAUCAAAUCGGACUCCUUGAUGCCACACACCAAUGAGGCAAACCUGGAUCUCACCACGGCCAACUAUUCUGCCAUCAGCCAGGCUAGCAACUCCCUAAUGUCCCCUUCUACCUCUGGCCACAAUCCUCUCAAACGCAGUCUGCCUCCAGCACUCAACCACAUUGGCGCCAAGCAACCCAAGAUGGACCACGCGAGUAGCCUGCAGUCCCACACCACCAUCAAACUUGCCGACCAGACGACGCCCAUCAACAUCGACAUGUCGUCCUUUUCCGACAUCUUCGACAUCAGCGCAUCCCUGGGGGAAGAGGGGCUGGCAGGCCGGCCCAAAACCCCCGUGUUUCACGCUCCGUCGCCCCCAGUCUAUGAGAGCCCCCAGAAGCCAACAGGUGCAGCUAUGGGUGGCGAGGCAGCCGCCAUGUCCCCGUCCAGCUCUCAGGGUGAGGCACCACCGAGGUCUCAAACUCCUCUCUCAGUUAGCGUGGCAAGCUCCCCGGCCACCAGCCACGACUAUAACGACCCCGAGUCCACCCUUGCCAGCCCUUCAGGUUUCAAGUACCGCCAGCUCAUCCAUCAUUCCCCCAGCGGUCCCGUCCUAACCCAGCUCAGUACCCACUCCCACCAGACUCCCUCAAACCCCACCGAAGACGAGAACGGCACAUACAUCGACUUCCUAGUCUCCAUGUACCUCAAGGACAGCGAGAAGCCCAUAUCCACCCUCAAGAACGAGCUCCACGUCUACACCGAGCGAAACAGUCAGAAGAGCCUGGCCUUCCGAGCCGAGCAGGGCUUGCAGUUCACCCCGCACCUCAAGUCCCCUACCUCGUCCCAGUUUGACUUUAGUUGGUACGACAUGGACCGUCGCAGUCAGCACUAUCGGACCCCGUCCACCAGCUCACAGACUAGCCUGAUCAGUCCACUCAACAUAGCCGGACAAUUCGACUUCACCUCCCCGGACCCGAGUCGGGUUUUGUUCAUGCGAAACCCACCCGCCAACACUGUCUCGUUGAACAGACAUAUUUACUAGAGGUCCCCGGGAGGUUUGACAGUAAUGUUUGAAUUAAAAACUCCACAAAAUUUAGUCAAUCGACUUCAGUCAAUGGAUUUGGUUUAAUAAUGUUUAAAAACAGCUUUUCGUGCACUAUGUAAAUAUUUGUUCCUAACUUUUAAUUAUUAAAUGUAUUUUAAUUGUUUUUGUUAAAUUAUUGUGUUAACUUAUAUGAAUUGAAACAAAUCAGCUGAGAUAAAAUAAGAAGUUGCUUAUUGUAACGAAAUUACUAUUUAAAUUAUUCCACCAGUUACACAGAUACAGUGCAGCUACACGUGUAAAUAGAACAAAAAAAAAUGGUUUAACAAUGAAAUUUAUGGUAGAAUAUUUAUUACUUUAAAAUAUUUAUUUCGUCAAAGUGUACAGAAACACCAAUCGUGCGCCUUGCGUAUAUUCUAAGCUAGCUGAUGACAUGUUUUUUUUUUCAGACUAAAUUAUUAUUUGUAUUUGUGUAGUGUCUCUUUUUUCUAUCACAGAAUGCCUCAUUUGCAUAUGAAUGCUCUCUGUAGCGACUUUAGAAAGUGUCCCAACGCAUUGUAUAUUCUUUGUUAAGGCGCGACAGUGGACGAGUCGCGUCGAGUGGAUCGUAAACGAAAUAUGCGGGCAUAAUUUUGUACAGGUUGAAUGGAUUAAACAUAAAGAGAGAUACUCAACAACAUAAAAAGAUAACCGGCAGAGGUCAUUUUUCAAGCAGAGGCGUCCAUUGCUCUGGUAACUUCAAGAGCUGCUUUUCUUCUUCAUUAUGCGGCUUCAAGCCUUGAUGAACGAGUGAAUCGCACCGUUAUAAAUAGGAUAAAUAUGAAUAUAGGCAGAAACAACUAAGGCAUUUUUGGAUUCGCUGAACAAAGUUCAAAUAAUUUCAACCAAGUUUGUACAAUUAUAUUUAUUUCUUCCUUGCACACAAUUAUACGGUAUUUCUUUUUAAUUAUAUUUAUUUCUGCGCUGUGCAUUAUUAAACAUUUGCAAUUUCCAAACGUCUGAUAUUUAUUCGCAAUGUUUAUUGUUAACAAAGGCUGUAACCCGUUUCACUCACAAGUACGGUAUGCGGAAUUAAUAUGAAUUUAUUUCGGUAAAAAAUACCGGAGCUGAAUAAUUGAACGGUUUCUAAAACGGUUUUGACUCAGUAAAAAGGGGCUGAGUCAUUUUGAGAAAAAAAAAGUGAAAUUUACAAGAUGGGGUAGAUUACUCCACCCCCAGCUCCUGCAACUUCAUGAGUCACCACUUAGCCCCGCCCAAAGGUACAUUUUCAUUGGAGGGGCGCCUCAAAAAAAAGGGGGAAAAACGGGGCACCUGUAUUCUGUGCCCGCAUUUUCAAGUUACGUACGUUUCCUUUGUUAGUGCCUUUGCUAAGUAUUUAUCAAUGACGUAUUUGAAUGAAGAAUUAGACCAAUUAUUUAUUACUACUAGUUUUUGUUUUGUUUUGUUUGGUUCAAUCCGUUAUUUAGUGCGGGUGGGUGCGGUUGACUCACAAUUUAACUAAGUAUUGUCGACGUGAGGAAAAAGUUGUGACCACCCGUUUGAAUUGUCUCUCAGUGUUUCUCAAAGUUUCAAAUCACGUGGUAUCCUAACUUUAUUUUAUAGUGAGGCCAGUUUAAAUUUUUAUAGUGCAAUAUCAUUAUCAAAGAGAGGCAGUACAAUAUUUUCAGCAUGUUGAGAGUCCAAACUAUGUUAAGCCUAUGUCGAGAGAAGCCAUUUUUUCCCCAAAGAAGUUUAUCGAACUCUAUCAUGAUGUCGGGAACGGUAGAGUACUACGGUAGAGAACGGGCUUCAAAAAAAGGUCUUUGUGUGGUCCUGAUAGGUGAUGCAGAGAAGUCCAUCGGGAACUCAUGUAUAUAAAAAUUAAAUUUGCUUUUAAGUUUUAUUUGCUGGAAAAAGCCCAUCCAUCGUCGUAUGUAUUAUACCAGUGCCUUCAAUUGUAAUAAAUGACGAGUAUUGUGAACACAU